AUGACGCUAGUCCCGAUUCACCCAGCCCUAGCCCUAGUCACUCGCCUACCGCACCAACGCCAAGGCUCCAUUUUGCGGUUCCAGGCAAAAGACCAGGCGAUUUUCACACGGCUCUCUCACCUCCUCUUCGACAACCUCCGCCAACCCCUUCAGUCAACAACCGUCGAGAUGGCCGAACGCUCCGGAAUUGUGGUCGGACUCAACGCGGGCCGGAAAACCACCGCCCUCAACACCCCCAAGACCCGCAUCUCGCGCACCAAGGGCAAGUCUUCCCGCCGCACCGCUUUCGUCCGCGAAAUCGCCCAGGAGGUCGUUGGUCUCGCUCCCUACGAGCGCCGCAUCAUUGAGUUGCUGCGCAACGCCCAGGAUAAGCGUGCCCGCAAACUCGCUAAGAAGCGCCUCGGUACUUUCGGCCGCGGCAAGGCCAAGGUUGAGUCCAUGCAGAAGGUUAUUGCUGAGUCUCGCCGCACCGCUGCUCACUAA